GUACCUUCCUGCCGAAACGCAAAAAUCCUUUUUAUCAUAGACCGUUUUAACUAUUCACCACUCAAUAAUAAUCAGUUUCCUGAAGUCCAGGAUGUGGGGUUCGUAUCGAAAUUCUUCUCAGCUUUCGAACAAGCAGCAAAAGCAAGAGAAAGAAUGGUUUGCAGCGAGUUUUAGGGCAGAGAAUUUCAUUCCAGGGCUUGUAAUUGGUUUCAUUUUUGGGAUGUUGUUGGAUUUAUCAAAGCCGGCUAAAAGUAAUGUAAAGAAGAAAAAUUUCUUGCCAGGGAAGCCCCAAGAACAUUUUACGGUCUCGAGUAACGGUGAUCAAGACGUCAAAAUGGUUUUGAUAGUAAGACAAGACCUGAAGAUGGGGUCAGGAAAGAUUGCAUCUCAAUGUGCUCAUGCUGCCACUGGCAUGUAUGCAGUACUUAUGCAAAGUGACCGGUCCCUUUUGAGACAAUGGGAGCAAUGUGGGCAACCCAAAAUAGUGGUUACAUGCAAGAAUCAACAAGAAAUGAAUAAACUGAAGGAAGCAGCUGAAAUCAUUGGUCUUCCCACUUUUGUUGUUGCGGAUGCCGGAAGGACCCAGGUUUCUGCUGGCUCAAAGACAGUUCUCACUGUUGGACCUGGGCCAAGAGAGUUGGUGGAUUCAGUGACAGGGAAACAACGGUUGCUCUAACUGCGUUGAUGAAACAAGUACUCAGCCAAAAUAUUCCAAAUGACAAGUUGAAGUGAUAAAAAAGGACAAUUUGACUAAAUCCUCCAAUUUAAGUCCUCAUUUGCUGGCAACUAUUCUGUCAAUUGUGUCAUGAAAGAGGUUUCUUUUCUUUGGAA